GUGAAACAGUUGCAAAUUCUAGAUUAUUGAAAAUGGAAAAUCAGCUCAAGGUGUGUUCCAUGUUCAUGAUACUGAUAUCAACGUUGAGCUUUGUGGCAAUGGAAAGUGCGGAGUGCAAAGCUAAGAGAGAGUUAGAUACGCAAUGCGGAAAGUAUUGCUAUAAGAUUGUGAAGCCCCUUCUUGAGCACGCCUCAUCUGUGUUCCAGAAGGAGAAGGCUCUAGCGGAAAUACAACUGAAAGCUAAUGAAUGUACUCAGACUAUAGCAGAUUUACAGAAAACAGUUGCAUUCAAAGUUGAAUUACUUAACUCCAAAGAUAAACAUUUGGCUUCUCAAGCUCUUUUAAUUGAAGCCAAAGAUAAGCAAUUGGCUCUUCAGACUGAGCUAAUCAAUACCUACAAAGCUAAGAAGGAUUCGAUUGAAAAUGAAAAGGAUAAGAAAAUACUAACACUUGAAUCUCUAAUAAAAGAAAAAGAUCUUAAAAUAUCGGAUCUUGAAGUAAAAAACACUGCAAACUCUGCGAAGAUAAAUGAUCUGCAAACGAAGCUAGCAAAAUAUUUGAAAAUGCUAGAACAAUCUAGCUGUAAGUCGAUCACAUCUAUAAUUAAGUUGCCUCACGUGGAGCCAUUCCCCGUGUCCUACGACUACAAAAUAGCUGGACCCGGGUGGACCGUAAUUCAGCGUCGGAUUGGUGGAACUGAAGACUUUAACCGAAACUGGGAGGAAUACAAGACAGGCUUUGGCGACUUGCAAUAUGAUUAUUUCAUGGGAUUAGAGAAGAUUCAUCUACUUACGCAAUCGCAGCCGCAUGAGUUGUAUAUUCAGUUAGAGGACUUUAAUAAUGAAAUCCGAAAUGCUCGAUACACACAUUUUCUUAUUGGAAGCGAGGAAGAAUCUUACAAGCUAAUAAAGCUUGGUAAUUUUUCAGGAAAUAGUGGAGAUGCCUUUACGAAGCAUUUAAAUAUGAAAUUUUCAACAAAAGAUCGGGAUAACGAUUUAGUUACAAAUAACUGUGCGAUAGUCCAUGAGUCUGGAUGGUGGUUUCACAAUUGCAGUCACUGGUAA